AUGGGUCGUUGUUCUUCUGUGAUCAAAUGGUACCAUCUCCACAAACCCUUGCAAGUGUUCCUUCUCGUUUGGGUCUUCUCCUUAGCUCACGCCGACGUUGUUCUCGGUGCCGAUUCGGACAAAUCGGCGCUCUUGCAGCUGAAGAGCUCAGUCUCUGACCCUUCCGGAGUGCUCGCGAGCUGGAAUUCGAGCAAUUCUGAUCAAUGUUCGUGGUUCGGCGUCACCUGCGAUUCAAAUUCUAGGGUUUUGGCCCUCAACAUCACCGGUGGAGGCGGCGGCGGAGGUAAUUCGGGUUCUUUCUCUUGCGCUAAAUAUGCUCAAUUUCCAUUGUUUGGGUCUGAGAUUAGGAGAACUUGUGUGAGUAGUAAUGUCAAAUUAGUGGGUGUUCUUCCCCCUGAAAUUGCAAAGCUUACAGAACUAAAGGUUCUAUCUUUACCUUUCAAUGAUUUGAGUGGUGAAAUACCUAUUGAGAUAUGGGGUAUGGAAAAGUUGGAAGUUCUCGAUCUGGAAGGGAAUUCCGUUACUGGGUCUCUCCCGUCUCAUUUCGGGGGUUUACGGAAUUUGAGGGUUCUUAAUUUGGGUUUUAAUGAGAUUUCUAGGGAGAUACCACAUUCUCUGUCGGAUUGUAUGAGUUUACAAGUCUUAAAUUUAGCUGGGAAUCAACUUAAUGGCUCGAUUCCAGGGUUUCUUGGUGGGUUUAGAGAUUUGAGGGGGCUUUACUUGUCAUUUAAUCGACUUAAUGGGUCAGUUUCGAAUGAGAUUGGGGACAAUUGUGGGAAGCUUGAGCAUCCACAGCUUUCAGGGAAUUUCUUGGUUGGUGGGAUUCCGAGUAGUUUUGGUAACUGUUGUGGGUUGCGGUCGCUGUUGUUGUAUUCAAAUAUGGUCAUUCCUGUUGAACUUGGUCAGCUGAAGAAGCUUGAAGUGUUGGAUAUUUCAAGGAACAGCCUUAGUGGUUCAAUACCUCCUGAGCUUGGAAAUUGCUCUAAAUUAUCUGUCAUUGUCCUCUUAAAUUUACUCGAUUCUCUUCCCAAGGUUACUAAUUCAGAGGGGAAUUCCUCAUUGGGGCAAUCCAGUUCUACUAAUGAUGAAUUUAAUUACUUUGAAGGUGCAAUCCCUGAGGAAAUUAUGAAGCUUCCGGAGCUCAGAGUAAUUUGGGCGCCGAGGGCAACUCUGGAGGGAAAAUUGCCCAGCAUAUGGGGUGUUUGUGACAACUUACAGAUGGUAAACUUUGCAGAUCAUCGGGCAAUGGAUCAAGGAAUUCCGUCAAUGUAA